GUGGGGCCGCGGGAGCUGCCUUAAUAACACAAGAGUUCACAAGUGUACAGGCAUGUGAGGUGACAACACCGAGUUUUCACACAAAAUCUACGUGAUUUUGUUGUGUUAAAUUCUACUUUGCUAUACUUAUACCCGUCAAGUGCUUUUUUGUAGUUAAUUAGCUCUUAGAAAUUUACGCCUGGAGUGUAUAUGAACGAACGCGGUAGGCAUCGUAAGAACAGUGUACAAAAAAAAAAAAAGAGAAAAGGUAAUGAAAUUUGGUGGAUGUUGAAGUGUUGUGUGUAACUAGCGAGGGUUAGUUGUGGGAGGCGCUAGACAACCCUUCCCUCCGUCACACAGGAAUGUUUUAAGUUAUUCCUGUGACGGGGUCUCAAGGGACGACCCUCCACCCACCAACUAUAUAAUAAGUAGAAGAAACCGCGUGAACACACUACAUAAAGUGUAUGUAAGUCAAGAUGUCGAACUACAAGUCUGACUGCAGGAAAUUUCAACCCAACAUCUUCAACAAGAGUAAAUGCACCAAUUGUUUCCGUCAGCGGGAGGAGCACUCUGCAGAGGCUCUUGAAUCUAACAGGGUUCGACGUGGGCGGGGUAGGAGUAGUGGGUGUGGGCGGGGAGGCUACUCCAAGGUGAAGGAAUUGAUGUGGAGUCCUCGCUUGCGUCUCCGGCCACCCACGCCCGCCCACACCAGCAGCAGCUCGACCAGUGAUGCUUCGCCCACAGCUGACGCCUCCACACCAGCGGCAAGCAGGAAGGUGUCCAAGUGUGGCUACCUGUUCGUGGCCCCAGACUGGGACUUCUCCAUCCCCCUCAACAGAACUAAGCGGUGGCAGCGACGAUGGUUCGUGCUGUACGACGACGGCGAACUGACGUAUUCCGUCGACGACCACCCAGCGACCAUCCCACAGGGUGUGAUCGACAUGAACCGAGUAUUGGAGGUGUCACAGGCUGAGGACGUCACUGGCAAUCAGUUCAGCCUGGCCAUUGCUGCCCCAGAGAGAGUGACCUUCAUUAAGGGUACCUGCAGAGAAGAGUCCCGCUGGUGGAUGGACGUCCUCUCUGUGUUCCCCCGGACACACAAGCAACAAGGGCGACACAAACGAAAUGCAACUUUCCCAGGCAUCAAGUCAACAACGGUACUAAAGCAAAGUAUGGUGCUACAGUCUCCAUCAGCUACACUUGCACCCACGACUUUCGAGACUCCGAUAGGGCAGCGGGUGCGAUUUCACAGUUGUACCACUGACCCUCUAGGCGGGCGACCCCCUUCAGCCCCUGCCAUGGAUAUUGAUGAAGAUGUUUUUCCUACCAAGGACCUCUCAACCACCAAUACAUCUAUCCCUCCAUCCAGCCAGACCCAAACUCCCCUUUACCACUCGACUCCCCUCUCCUCCCUUCCUCCAUCAACCAGAAUGCUGAGGGACGAACACAAAGAAAAUACCCCACCAUUUACUGAAGAUUAUGCAGAUAACCCACCAACUUCAGAAUCACCACCUACACAAGAUAAGUUGAGUCACAAGUUCAGGACUCGCCGUGCAAUCAAACGUGAAGCUCGAGGCCUCACACAGCCUAGGAGUAAGUCAGAGAUGUCGGCUUUGUUCCCGGUUAACUCGUCAUCUUCCAUGCCUGCUCUGAAUCGUGGGUCCUCUACUACUGGGAGCACCACCACUUCCCCAUACUCCUCAGGGGGCACCACCACUUCUCCAUAUUCCUCAGGGGGUACCACCACUUCUCCACACUCCUCAGGGGGUACCACCACUUCUCCACACUCCUCAGGGGGUACCACCACUUCUCCACACUCCUCAGGGGGUACCACCACUUCUCCACACUCCUCAAGGGGUACCACCACUUCUCCACACUCCUCAGGGGGUACCACCACUUCUCCACAAUCCUCAGGGAGUACCACCACUUCCCCUUACACUACUACUAUUACUACUGGAAGCACUGCCACCCCAUCCCACUCUCCGUCUAGUUGCACUACCACUUCGUCUUCAUAUUCUACUCCUGAGGGGUCUCGUUCCAUCCUUUCCCCCACUCCACCUCUUGUUGACCCUUUAAUGCCCUUGGAAACUCGAGGCAUACGCCGUGCAGUUGUUCCUCUAACUUCUUUUUCCUCUGUAUCGUCCUUAAAUUCGCUGUCUAGUUCUACCACUGGAAUGAAUUCUUUAUUUCCCUCUGGCGGUGGCAGUGGUGAAAGUGGUGGCAGGCCAGCGUCACUUCGAAGCCUGGAUCCAGGCGUGCAUGUCCCUACUAGACCCCAUCCCCGCACAGCGCCAGACAAACCAGCAGGUGAGGUGACAAGACGGCAGCUCCUCACUGACUUGGAGGAGACCAAACGAGAAGAGAAACUCAAAGACAUUGCUGACUCCAUCACAAGACUCCGAGGAAGUCCAACACUCUCUUACAUUAACACUAAGCCAGGAGUAGGGGAUGUGAAGCCAACACGAGAGCGUGACACUCAGGAGGAAAUGGAAGGCUCGCCAAACCAUUCAAAGACACCGUCCCAAGAUAAGACUGAUUCAUCUCACCCAGACCAUGUUCGGGGAGAUCCAGAUGGGUGUGGGUUGGAGCUCUCUCCACCAUACACGGCCAACCCUGACCUUCAGCGUGUGGAUCUGCCGGCGGAGGAUCUCCUUUAUAUCAAGAAAGGCUGGCUCAUGAAGCAGUCUCUGAACCAGGACUGGAACAAAUAUUGGUUUGUGCUGCGAGGGACAGGUCUGAUGUUCUAUCGUGACCCAAGUGCUGAGGAUAAUGGAAUUCUUGAUGGUAUUAUUGAUCUCAGCGUUGCAAAAUCCAUAGAGGAAUGCGAAGUGGCUCGGAACUACGGCUUCACGAUUAUGACUUGGGAAGAGAAAAGAUAUGUGUUCUCUGCUGUUACAUCAGGCAUCCGGGGCAAUUGGGUACAGGCUUUAAGAAAUGCAGCAAAUUUAAAGGAAUCUAAAGACAGACCACUUACCCUUGGAGAGCAAAUUGAAAAAGAGAUUGUUGCUAAGAAAGAGAGACAUAACUCACAGGGUUCAAAUUUUGAGAGCAUGGCAGCUGAGCGUGACCAGGGUAGUGAUGUGCACAAUGAAUCCAUCUCAUCAGCCAACAGCCGAUACGCAUUUUCAUCCGACGAUGAAUACCGAACUGCCUCAGAAACUUCUACUAGCAGCCACAUCCAGACCAACGAGGAUUACUUUGAGUGGGGUGAGAAGGAGGGUAAAAGUACCAAAAAACUUCUCAGUGAAUCCACUAUCUUCCCAAAUCCUGGUAGUUCACCCAACACUGCCAGUAGUGAUUGCUGCGACAAACUCAGUCUUGAUGCCAGCCAGAAUCUUCCCAGCUCCCCACCCCUGGCUCGUACUCCUAUCUCCAGGGUGAAAGAUCGUGCACGGUCUCGAUCAAACUCAAGAUCAAGGUCUAGCAAGAGAUCAAGAUCAUCUCCUCCUUCAUCACGACGCAGUACACGUGACACCUUCCCAGCCGUUGCUGAUGAUGAUGUAGUGGUAACUUGCUACUCUGAGACUGGAUCUCUUCACUCAAUCAGUGACUUAGGUGACCAGCAGCAGCAGCAGCAGCAGCCAGAGAAGGAGAGUAGUGCCACAACUUUAAUAGGAUCUGGUGACGCUUUGCUUGUUGACCUCCUCGAGACUCAAGUGGAGAGCCUCAAGGCCAAACUGGAACAGACACAGGCUGACUAUCUGGAGCUGCACAAGGAGAAUUCUGGCCUCAGGAUUCGUCUGCGUGGCACCGUAGCCGCCAACACUGCCACUGGCACCCACCAUCACCACCUCCAGCAGCUCAGCAUAUCUGACCUUGACCUGCUCCAUCAGUCCUCUUCUAGUAGGUCAAGAGAAAAGCUUGAGCUUGAUCUGACAGAGGCUCGUGAGACCAUAGCUUCCCUCUUGGCUGAACUAACAAGAUUACAGAAAAACCUGGAAGUGUGUGAGGGUGAUCUAGACAGGUCAGAGAGAGAGGUUGACAAGCUGAGACAUGACAAGGAGGAGAUAACUUCGGACACUGACAACUUGAGGCAUCGUGUAACCAGUCUUGAGAUGCAGAUCAAGGAACUGCUUGACCGUGUAGAGGAGCAAGAACACGACCUCUCUGAGAAGGUGUCCUGUGCCAACGAACUCAAUGAGAUGAGGAAGAAGUACAAUGACGUACUCGUGCUGUCCUCUCAGUCUGCCACUGUUGACUGCAAACAACACUUUGAACUUCUUGAGAAAAAGUAUUUGAAAGAGAGGGAAGAAUGGGAGGAAAAAGUUAAUUCAGAGGAAAAGAAAUUUCUGGAACUUUCAGCUGCCCAAGCAAGUCAUCAUGAUGAUGUUGUCCAGAGACUUAACAGAUCACUGCAGGAGGCAGAAAAACGAAUUCAGGGGUUAGUUUCCGAACUAGAAACAGAGAGAUCUAACAUGAGCUCUCAGAAAAAGAUGUCAAAUUCGCCUGAAGUAACAGGCUUGCGGAAAGAGAACCAAGAGCUGACCUCCAAAUUAGAGCAACUAACAAGUGAGUUGUCUCGAAUGCGGGACAGUCUGAAGUCUGAGAAGUCUGAAGCAUAUAAAUGGAAAGAUUUGGUGAAGGAAUUGCGAUCUCUACUUGAUGGGAAAAAUGAGGAAAUUGAAAGAAAAAGAGAAGAGGUUGAUGGUCUACGUGAUUCCCUGAAGGUAACACAGAGAGAACUUGAGCAUACUGCUGACCGCUUGCACCGUGGCAUUGAAGAAAAUGAAACAUUGUGUAGCAGGAUACGAGAGCUUGAACGACAACGACAAGAUAAAGUGAGAAUAAAAUUAUAUGGGAAAUGAAUUCUCAUAGCGAUU